CUGUGCUACAACUAUAAUUACAAGAUACGAGCGGCGCCGAGCGGGUGAAGUAAUCUCGAUCUAGGCUGCUUAUUCGAAAAACUUUGACUUCGUGUAUUAAGUUUACCUUGAUACGGAGCGGUCAUGUUAGCUGGUACUCCUGUGUUAUUUCCGAUCUAUAAGUGAUACAAACAAUAUUCCUGUUUAUGUGUGUGUUGUGAGAACUGUGUACAAAAAUAAUUCAAGAUGUGUGUCAAGCAAGAGGAUAUGAGAAUAUGUGAGGCACACAAGAUAAAGUUGUUCUGCAAAGACUAUGUAGAGAAAGCAGAAUUCAUGUUCAUACUGGCGAUGGUGUCAUGCAUACUUGUAAUACUGAGCUUGGUGCAUUACUUGAUGUGCCUGUCAGCUAACUAUGCCCACAUCCGAGACCAUGAGAAGUUCCAGGAGCUGCAGGAGCUGCAGUACUUGACCAACCCGGACCUGCAUGCCUCUAAAGAUCGUUUCUAG